AUGCAUUAUACCCUGAAGAGUAUUGUCCUCUUGUUCUUUCUGCAAACGAUCCAUCUCGUUAGUGCUGCAAACGGGGACUCUGGUUGCAACUUGUUCUUUUGUCUGAACAUCACUGUGAGCUCUAAUGAUGUGAUGACUUUCCAAGUUAAACCUAUCUGGGACACGUUUGGCUGGGUCGGCUUGGGUUGGGGCCGCCAGAUGAAAGACACACAUAUGGUUGUGCUCUGGGAUAACACAAAUGGCUCUCGCAUCUUAUCACAGCGAUAUGGAGUUGGUCACGUGGAGCCAGUGGUGGAGGCCAAUCCUCCUCGACGAGCAAGCAUGGUCGAGCCUGGGGAGCCGACAUGGAAAACAAAAAGCGACUCGAAUCACUCUGUGUCGGCAUUCCAGAUUCCUGUGAACAAAAGCGACUCUUAUCCAGGCACCAUGAUUUGGGCUUACUCCCUGCGUCGACCAGACCCUGAUCCAAAUGCCGAUCUUACUGGCCAUUAUGUUGCGGGCACCUUGAACAUGCGCUUAGAUAAGAUCGUCAACGACUUCCCUGGAACGGGCAAGGAGAUGGCUAGCUACCGCAAGAAGGCUAUCUUGCAUGCAACAUUCGUUGCAAUUGGUUUCCUAGUAGUGCUUCCUCUUGGCUCGUUGAUCGCUCGUUGGGGACGCACAGUUACCCCUCUCUGGUUUAAGGCUCAUCAAGUUCUCAACCUAUAUCUAGCGCUCCCGCUGAUCACGACGGGCUUUUUGCUUGGUCCGCUUGCUGUCUUGGAUCGUCAAGCAAGUCAUUUUGUCGAUGCUCACCAGAUUUGUGGCCUGUUGCUUUUCGGAUUGUACAUUGCUCAACUCUCACUGGGUCAGUUCAUCCAUUCAAAGCGCGCAGUUGCUGGACACGUGCUGCAUCCUCCAAGGAACAUUCUGCAUGUCGUGGUCGGGAUAACUAUAAUUUGUUUGGCCUUUCUCCAGGUUCGAAGUGGAUUCACUGAGUGGGCCUCACGAACUGGCACAUCCGAUGUCGCAAUUUGGCUUCGUGUGGCUUGGAUAGCAUGGGCUGUGCUCUUACCUUGUCUCUAUCUGAGCGGCCUUGCUCUGCUAAAUCGUCAGUUCAUAUCGGAGAGAAUGGGGGGCUCCUAUGACUUUCCACUUCACAAGAAUUAUAUCGCUCUGGCGGCAACACCUGGCGAUGAAUCGCGAGGCCACGUUGAGCCGGAAAGCAGACAACCACUCCUUGAAAGGGACCAAGAGUAG